AUGGCGGCUGCAGAACAUGCGAUCACAAUCAAGAAUGAUAUGUCAAUGGAACUCCCUAUACUUCCCCCCAAUCAGGGGGUUGAGGCGUUUAAGGAUAUAAUCUUCGGGUCCACAGCAGGAAUGGCUGGAAAAGUCAUCGAGUACCCCUUUGACACGGUGAAGGUGCGCCUGCAAUCUCAACCCGACCAUCUACCUCUUCGAUACAAGGGGCCAAUAGACUGCUUUCGGCAGUCAUUUCAGGCGGAUGGCUUUAGAGGGUUAUAUCGAGGUCUCAGCGCCCCUAUGGCCGGUGCAGCCAUAGAGAAUAGCUGCUUGUUCUGGAGCUAUCGCAUGAUCCAAGAUGUAUUAAAGUCAACAUGUUACUCUUCGACGGACCCGCUACCCUUCUCAGCCUUACUGGUCAGUGGGGCUGCAUCUGGGUCCAUCACUUCACUUGCCCUCACUCCCAUUGAACUCAUUAAGUGCAAAAUGCAGGUACCUCUGGAAGGUUCCAAUACCAGAGCUGCCAGUCCACUCUCUUUGGUCGCAUCCAUAUUCCGUCAAGACGGUAUCCUAGGAUUUUGGCGAGGGCAGCUGGGGACUCUCAUUCGAGAGACUGGUGGAGGUGCCGCCUGGUUUGGGGGCUACGAGGGGGUCUCGGCGCUUUUCCGCGCAUAUCCCACACCCGCCUCGAAAGGCAAUUCAGAGCAUCAAUCGGCUUCCCUCCCGCUUUAUCAACAGAUGAUUGCUGGGGCAGCAGCUGGUAUAAGCUACAACUUUUUAUUCUAUCCGGCAGAUACAAUUAAAUCCCGCAUGCAAACAGAAGAUAUAACUCACGGCUCCAUCAAUGGUCAACGACAAACUUUCUGGGGCGCCGGCAAAGCUCUAUGGAAGCAACAAGGACUCAAGGCUUUGUACCGAGGCUGCGGGAUAACUUGCGCACGAUCAGCACCCAGUUCAGCCUUCAUUUUUACAGAACUCGAGACCCUUGCCUCCAAGGCGAUCGCUGCUAAAGCUACGGCCUACUGUCCGUAUUCUAAAUUCCGCGUUGGAGCAUGUAUUCUCACCCUGUCUGGUGAAUACAUCGUCGGCGCCAAUGUCGAAAACGCAUCCUAUCCUGUUGGCAUAUGCGCAGAACGAGUGGCCUUUGGCACUGCUGUCGUCGCUGGACAUCAUGACUUCAAAGCUGUUGCUGUCGCUACCGACAGUAACCUUCCAGCGUCCCCGUGCGGCAUGUGCAGACAGUUCAUGAGCGAAUUUACAACUCCCUCUUUCCCCAUUUACAUGUAUGGCUCAGAAGGAACCUACACUAUGAAGACAAUGCGUGACCUUCUCCCUGAAUCAUUCGGACCGGAAGAUUUCUCAAAGGACAGGGUACAGUCUUCAUAG